GUCAAGCGCGUCAGCGAAGAGUGACCGCUCGUGAAAUACUCCAAUUGUUCCAAAUUGUUCAAAAAUGCCGAGUCAAGAAGUAACCACGACUAAAGUUGUCGUUCAUCCCUUAGUUUUGCUAAGUGUGGUGGACCAUUUUAACCGCAUGGGAAAAAUUGGGAACCAAAAACGAGUGGUUGGUGUACUUUUAGGCUGUUGGCGAGCAAAAGGAGUCUUGGACGUUUCGAACAGUUUUGCAGUACCCUUCGAUGAAGAUGACAAGGAUAAAUCAGUAUGGUUUUUGGACCAUGAUUACCUCGAAAACAUGUAUGGAAUGUUCAAAAAAGUCAAUGCUCGUGAAAAGGUAGUGGGUUGGUACCACACGGGUCCCAAAUUGCAUCAAAAUGAUGUCGCGAUCAACGAGCUUAUUCGAAGAUAUUGUCCCAACUCGGUUUUGGUGAUAAUUGAUGCAAAACCAAAGGAUCUUGGCCUUCCAACGGAAGCUUAUCAAGCAAUUGAAGAAGUUCACGACGACGGCUCACCAACCUCGAAAACUUUCGAGCACAUCCCGAGCGAAAUUGGGGCCGAAGAAGCAGAAGAAGUGGGUGUUGAGCAUCUACUCAGAGAUAUCAAAGACACAACAGUCGGCACACUUAGUCAAAGAGUCACAAAUCAACUUCUCGGUUUGAAAGGACUUCACGGUCAGAUACGAGAAAUUAGAGAUUAUCUCAUCCAGGUAGGAAACGGUAAAUUACCAAUCAAUCAUCAAAUUGUCUACCAACUCCAAGAUAUUUUCAACUUGCUUCCCGACAUGACACAGUCAUCUUUCGUCGACUCCCUCUACGUGAAAACGAACGAUCAGAUGUUAGUGGUCUAUUUAGCCGCCCUGGUCAGGUCAAUUAUUGCUCUGCACAAUCUGAUAAACAACAAACUCACGAACCGUGACGCCGAGAAAAAGGAGACCGACAAGAAGGAAGUGAAGAAGGACGAGAAAAAGGAGGAGGAGAAGAAGGACGAGAAAGAGAAGACGAAAGUGAAGUGAGAGCGUUAUUGAAUUUAAAAUACUAGCCGAUUUUUCGUACAAUCGGACAAUUCAAAAACCUACUGUGCAAAAUCCGAUAUUCGAAAAGUCAACGAUUCAACAAAACAAAAAAUGCAAAAAAAUUUGAAAGUCGUGCGAAUCGUCGUGUCAAUCUAGAGAGAGAAAGAGAGAGAGAGAAAGCGCGCGAGAGAGAGAUAUUAAAAGAGAACGAAUGAAACAGCUUGAAAGUGUGAAAAAGUGAGAUUUCGUCUUAGGUAAAGUACAGAAAACCAAAUGACAGUACUUCUCAUUUAUUUACAAGUGUUUUUUCUUUUCGCUCCAGCCUCAAGUCACAAAUGUGUGGCUUGGACUUUUUUUUCCAUUCUAAUCUGUAAUUCUAUUUAAUGGAUGAACGUGCAUUUUUUAGAAAAAACACUGUCAUUUUUUUUUUAAUUUAACAUAGUUACUUAAUUUUAAGCUUUGUAUUUCUUUUACAAUGCUUUAUUCUUCAUCUACAAGUUUUUCUUUUUUUUUUUUCUUUUAUAAGAGAUAAUAAGCAUUAAUUGGUUGAGUCCAUUAACACGUACGGCAGAAUCGUUUUCUAUCGUAAAUCAUUGUCGAUUCUUGAAGUGUAUUUUGUAAAGAAAAAAGCCGAGCCUUUCUUGGAGAAAUGCAUUAUUAGUAAAAACUUA